AUUUUUAUUGAAGGGGAAGGCUUGAUGAGAAGACUAGUCCCCGAAGGACCUGAUUUUUUCAUCAUCAAGAGAAUCAACGACUACCUUUCUUACCCAAAGUAGACACUACGGAACGUUAGGUUUGCGGCGUAGGACGCGCCGCGCCAAACAUGAAACAGCCCAGCACUGUUAGGUGGUACGUGCGCUGCUACCCGCCGCGUCGGUGAUUUCUGUCAGUACGGUAGAUGACUGGCAUCAGGGCAGCCCAUUUCCACUUCCAGUGCUAUAAUCUGCAUUUAUAUAUUUGGAUUUCACGAAAUGGGGAGGAAGGGAAAGGAAGCUUUUCGACGUUCGUCUCUGUUCUUUGUCUUUGCGCGCACACACAUUUAUAGAAUAAGAGCAGAGUUGCAAAGAGACGAUAAUGGAGGUUGAAGCAGAAGAACGAGAAGUGGGUAACAAGCAAAUAGUCUUCAAAGGGUUCGUAAAUGGGAUUCCCAAGGAAACGGAUAUGGAGCUGAAGGUUGGGGGAACGAUUAAGCUGAGGGCUCCAAAGGGCUCCGGAGCAAUUCUGGUGAAGAACCUCUACCUCUCUUGCGAUCCUUACAUGCGGGGUCGCAUGCGCAAGUUCUACGGAUCAUACAUUCCUCCUUUCGUCCCUGGUUCUCCCAUUGAAGGAUUUGGCGUGUUCAAAGUUGUGGAUUCUGACAACCUUAGUUUCAAACCUGGUGAUUUACUCUCGGGGAUGACUCGUUGGGAAGAAUACAGCUUGAUUGAAGAACAUGAGCAAUUGAGGAAAUUUCAGAAAAACGAUAUCCCUCUCACAUACCAUCUGGGUCUCUUAGGUAUGCCGGGUUUUACUGCUUAUGCUGGAUUUUAUGAGGUUUGUUUUCCUAAAGAAGGGGAAUAUGUUUUUGUCUCUGCGGCUUCUGGAGCUGUUGGUCAGCUUGUUGGGCAACUUGCCAAGCUACAUGGAUGCUAUGUAGUUGGAAGUGUUGGAACAAGCCAAAAAGUUGAUCUUUUGAAGAAUAAGCUUGGGUUUGAUGAUGCUUUCAACUACAAGGAAGAGCCAGACUUUUGUGUGGCUUUGAAAAGGUAUUUCCCACAAGGCAUUGACAUCUACUUUGAUAACGUGGGUGGUGCCAUGCUCGAUGCAGCACUUCUCAACAUGAGAGUUCAUGGUCGGAUUGCCAUUUGUGGGAUGGUUUCUGAGCAGGACCUCUCAGAACCCAAAGGAAUUCAUAAUGUGUUCAAUCUCAUAUCAAAGCGCAUUAAGAUGCAAGGAUUCCUGCAGAGUGACUACUUGCAUUUAUUCCCACGCUUCGUGGAGGACGUUACUAGUUACUACAAGCAGGGGAAGAUUGUGUAUGUUGAAGACCUGCACGAGGGCUUGCAUUCUGCUCCAGCUGCCUUUGUUGGGCUAUAUUCGGGGAAGAAUGUCGGCAAGCAGCUCAUCUGUGUAGCCAAAGAGUAAUUCUCCUCAUCUGUGUAGCCAAAGAGUAAUUCUCCCGGACCGUGGCAAACUUUCAAGUGUGUUGGGUUGCAAGUUGGUGCAACUAUUGGAACCUGUUUGGAGUCUCUUACUGAUCUCGCAAAAAUCAUUUAUGAAUUUAAUGCAUGUUUUUCUUUUGUAUUUUGCAAUUGGAAUAGACCUUUGGAGUAGUAAAUUUCUAUUGAAUUCAGAAUUGCUUUCACUUUCAGUUUUCAUUUUGCAAAUGAAAGAAAAAAAGGUGAUUUUGUGAUAAAAA